CGCGCGCCUCCGGAGCGACGAAGAGCCGCGCGCACGAGCACGGAUGGGUCGCCACCCGGCGAGCGCUCACGCUGGCGCAGCGAGAACUUUUUGCCCUCCCGGUGCCGACUGCGUCGGGGGAGACGGACGACGCGGCGGUCUCUGCUCCUCUCCAGGCUUGGGCCUGGGAGCGGCUUCCGCUGCCGCCCCGCCACCGCCCGAUCAGCGGGCAUGGCUUGAGGGCACCUGCCCAUUUGAAAGAGUGCGGCUCCAGUCAGUUCCCAGUCAGUCUGCUGAGCCAUUCGAGCGGCUGACUGCAUGAGGGCCUUUGUAGUACGA